CUCUAAAUCUAGACAAAAAAAAAAAAAGCAAUACAGACGUGUUGAACACCAAAUUCUUUUUUUUUCAAGAUUUUAGAAAAAUUAACAAAAUUCAUAAAUCGCUUAGUAUACGAAUUAGUUAUUGGUUUUUCUAAAAUUAAAAUUUUUUUUUUCUUAUAACAUACGCCCACAUAGAAGCGGAGAGAGAAAUAAAUACGUUUGGAAAAUGGCCCAUGCUACCAAGCAAGGUGCACAAAUGUUGCACGGUUUUAAACGUGUAACGCGUUUUGAUUCAGGAUUGGGCGCCCUCCUUCCCGAAGCUUAUAAGAAAUUCUGGAAGGAGUGGAAACAGACUCAACCGGCUGCCGUGCAUUACAUACCCAAAGAAGGUGAAUGGAGUCGCGAUGAAAUAACGGGCGAAAUUAAACCUAUCCAAAAUAUUCCUUUGCCUUUGAUUGAUCCACCUGAAAGCAAUACGGGAAUUUGGGGCGGUGAAGCGGUAAUUAAGGGCUUCCAGAAACGUCACAGAUUGAAGCGCCGUGUACCACAUUUUUGGGUGCCUGUCUUAAGGCGCUCAGUGGUACACAGUGAAGUUUUAAAUGAGUAUAUGGCUGUAAUCGUCACUAAUACUACUCUCGAAAAAAUACAUGAAUGCCGCGGUUUCGAUCAUUACUUGCUAAAGAAUCCUGCGUGCGAUUUACGCUCAACUUUGGCUUUAACGUUAAAACGUAAAAUUUUACUAGAGUUAUUAAACGGUUGCCCUAUUCGAGCUGAUAACGUGGAGGAACAACGACGUUUACUCAAGGAAUAUAAAUGUUAUUUGGAGGGUUACACUGCCGAAGAGAUAGAAUGGUACGGCUAUACCUAUCAGGAAGCUUUAAAGAAACUACAAGAACAGAUACGUAACGAGAACCCAGUGAAGCCUCAUAAAUAUGAGUUUCGAAUGCAAUUAAUUGAGCAACUAAAAAAGGCUGGUCUGCGCGAGAAUGACUCUAGCGAAAAGAUUGCAAAAACUUCGGUGGAAACAGAUGCUGACUUACAGGCCUUAAGUAAACUGGAAUCUUCUUCGGGUUCUGGGUCCAACUGGUUGUCAAAAAUUAAUCCUUUUGGAAAAAAACAGGAAACUUAAUGUUUAUUAAGGCAAGCCUUGUUAACCAUCGCCUUGUCACACUGCAAGAAGACGCCGCAAAAAACCAGGCAGUUUAGUUUUCAAUUUUCCUUUUCAUCAACCGCAGGAGUUACCACAAAUAUACACGUAGCACUUUUGGUGUGGCUGUGGCUACAAUACUUUUCUGCAUCAACUAUUUUUCUCUGGCGACGCCUUUGACGAGGACUACUUUUUUUAAACAUUUUAAAAUUAAAUCGUAAAAGAAGUGUGAAAGGGAAAAAUUCUUGAAGUACGUCUUAAGCAGCCAAACAAAAAUUCUGUGUAAUGGUAAUAAAUACAUAUUUCUCUUCAAACUCUUUAAGAAAAUCA